CGAGCGCAGAAAAUCCGCUCCCGUAUAAAACCGCUCUCCACCGCUCACCUCCCCCUGUGCACGCUUCCCCUCCCACCUCCGCACACCACCCGACGCAACCGUCCAACAUGCCCGUGGACUGCGGAGCUCUUGCAGUUGUUUCCAAUUUCUUCCUCCGCAGAUUGCUCCAGUAGCCGUAGAGAUUGUAGAUUUCUAGGUUAGUUUUGUUGCUUUUGUUAGUUUAGGUCUAUCAAAACCAAUUCGUCGACAUCACAUAGCAAAGGGGAAAAGUAGGUGCGGUAAAGAAGAAGAGACAGGAAUGGCAGGUCAAAGCUCCGACUCACAACCCACAGAUGCAUUCGAGUACAUGCUGCUUGAGAAGGACCCUGAUAUCUACCGGAUGGUCUUCUCCGGUCCAAGUCAGAUAAGCCCGUGGAUUGACCCGAGCGUGCUGAAUCUGAAGCACCGGAUAGGGAGAGGCCCGUUUGGGGAUGUCUGGAUAGCAACUCACCAUCAGUGGACGGAGGAUUAUGACCGGUACCACGAGGUUGCGGUGAAGAUGCUGCAUCCAAUCAAAGAGGACCAGCUCCAGCUCUUCUCAGCGAGGUUUGAUGAAAUCUUCAGCAAAUGCCAGGGUCUCAGCAACAUUUGCUUCCUACAUGGCAUCUCGACACAGAAUGGAAGGAUUUGUAUAGCGAUGAAGUUUUAUGAAGGAUCUGUUGGUGACAAGAUGGCUCGGCUUAAAGGUGGAAGGCUUCCUUUGCCAGAUGUUUUAAGAUAUGGGACUGAUUUGGCACGUGGAAUAUUAGAUCUACACAAUAGGGGAAUAUUGAUCCUAAAUCUUAAACCUUGCAAUUUUCUUAUCGAUGAACAUGACCGUGCUGUGCUUGGGGAUUUUGGGAUCCCAUCCCUGCUGUUCGGACUUUCACUGCCUCAUCCAGACCUUAUCCAAAGGCUUGGAACUCCAAAUUACAUGGCUCCAGAACAAUGGCAGCCAAAUAUCAGAGGUCCGAUUAGUUAUGAGACUGAUUCAUGGGGUUUUGCCUGCAGCAUCCUUGAGAUGUUGAGUGGUAUUCAGCCAUGGCGUGGAAAAUCACCAGAUGAGAUUUAUCAGUUGGUUGUCCUGAAGAAAGAAAAACCAAUAUUCCCAUACAGUUUGCCUCCGGACAUUGAAAAUGUGCUUUCUGGAUGCUUUGAGUAUGACUUUAGAAACCGUCCCUCAAUGAAAGAUAUCUUGCAUGCAUUUGAGAGUGCUAAAGAUGCAGAUCAUGACAACAUUGGCUGGGACAACUCUGAAAAUGUAUCGGUGGACAGGCCAACCAUGACAAAUCACACUAAUUGGUUGCUUUUCAAGGACAAGCUGCAAGUGGGAGACAAGAUCCGCUCAAGAAAGCUUAAAAACUCGUGUAGUCCUGAAACUAUGGAAAUCCCUGAUGGAACCAUAGUUGGCAUGGAGGAUGAUGGGGAACGUGAUGGUUACAUUCUUGUACGAGUCCAUGGGCUACACGAUCCUUUGAGGGUUCGCUGCUCAUCUGUGGAGAGGGUAACAUAUGGUUUUGCUGCUGGUGAUUGGGUACGCCUGAGGGAGGAGGACAAUAAACGUUCUCAGGUCGGUAUUCUUCAUAGCAUUGACCGUGAUGGUACAGUGGCUGUUGGUCUGAUAGGAAUGGACACCCUUUGGAAAGGUAAUUAUUCAGAUCUCCAAAUGGCUGAAGCCUACUGUGUUGGGCAGUUUGUGAGGCUGAAAGCCAACAUUUCAAGCCCAAGGUUUGAAUGGCAGCGAAAGAGGGCUGGAGAAUUAGCUACCGGUCGAAUUUCACAUAUACAUCCGAAUGGGUGUCUUGUCGUGAAAUUCCCAGGCAAAUUUAGCCUUGGUGAAGUAUGCAGUUGCUUGGCAGAUCCUUCUGAGGUGGAGGUAGUGAGCUUUGACAAGUGUGAGGGGAUAGUAAAGAAGUAUGAGCAUCUUGAAGACUUUCAUUGGGCAGUAAGGCCCCUGUUCAUCGCUAUAGGUUUCUUCACCGCUCUCAAGCUGGGUGUGAUUGUUGGGAAGAGCAUUGCAAGGCCAAGGAGUCGGAAGGUUGCCAGCAUCUCUGAUCAGAAUGAUGAUUACCCGCAACAGCAGGUAGUCCAAAACAAUGCUAAUGCAGCAUGGCUUCCUCCACCAGUUGCAAACAUGUUUUUCAUAGAUGGUGCUGCGUCUUCUGGAUGAGAAUCAUAAGAUCAAUUCAAAGAUGAGAUCUCCUGGAAACAGCAUGGGGAAUUCUGGAUUACGUAGUGCUUCAGCCGAUCCUAGUUGUGCAUAUUUAGGCCUGAAAUGUUUUAUCUAAACACUUAUGUAAAUAUCUGUAUCUUCUCUAGUUGUGCAACUCUGCAUCUCAGAUUCUGUACGUCUACUCUGUAAUCAUCUCCAGAUGUCUUAAAUAUACAAUUACAUGAAGCUAGAUUUCCUAUUUGGUCGACUGUUUAUGCCGUCC